AUCAUUUAAAUCGUGUGGCGCCAGAAAAGCUGGACCAAAGCGAAUUGAAACCAGGAGUACCUGAGUUAGGGCUAGGGUGAACUUGGGCAUUGUCAGUGUACUCCCCUUUCUGGGUGUGCGCCAUAAGAUCUCCGCCUAGUUCCUGCUUCAGGUCCCACUCUGACCCGAUCCUAAGAGGGAAAAAAAACAAUGUCAGGAGUUCUGAAUGGAGAUAUCUCGGGAAAUACUAACCGUCGCAGAGGGUCUCCAUCACCUGACUUUACCGACGAUCUAACCUGCAAGGUUAUGCUAUUGGGAGACUCUGGUGUUGGCAAGACUUGUUUCCUUCUCCAGUUCAAAGAUGGGGCAUUUCUGUCUGGAGCGUUCCUGGCAACUGUGGGCAUCGAUUUCCGGAAUAAAGUGAUAUCUGUGGAUGGAGAAAAUGUUAAAUUACAGAUCUGGGACACGGCUGGCCAGGAGAGGUUUCGAAGUGUGACACAUGCUUAUUACAGGGAUGCACAAGCUCUGCUCCUUUUAUAUGACAUCACCAGUAAAACCUCAUUUCAGAACAUCCGGGCCUGGCUCUCAGAGGUUGAAGAAUAUGCUCACAAGGAUGUGGUUCUCAUGCUGCUAGGCAACAAGAAUGACGUGUCUGGUGCACGGGUCAUCAGAAAAGAGGACGGAGAGGCACUGGCAAAGGAGUAUGGAAUUCCCUUCAUGGAAACCAGUGCGAAGACUGGCAUGAAUGUAGACCUGGCAUUUACGGCUGUUGCAAAGGAGCUGAAACAGAGAUCCAGGCAACAGAAAGAUCCCAAAUUCCAGAUCAAUACGUACAUUGAGAAACAGCAAGUGAAAAACAGUUGCUGUAAAUAUAUUUAAUUUUGUCAAGAAGCUUAGUCAUCUGUCCAGUACUCAAGAACCACGCCAAAAAAUUUACAUAUGGAUCAAAAUCGCUGUUAGAAAAAUCCUAUUGUGCAUACUGAGAAGUCAUAAUACGAAGAUACAGCCGACAGUGGUUGCUAUGGCAGUUUAAUUUCAGACAUGCAAAAUUGGAAAUCACAUUGGAACCUUAAGCAGAAACAGCCGCUUUGACUCAAGCUAACAGAAUACUGCAGAAGAGCUUAAAAUUUGCCACAAUAAAUUGCUAAACAUAAAAUCACAUGGCCAUGGGAAUGCAAGUGAAACUUAGAUGCGUGGGCAUAAAUACGUGCGUGCUUAUUUUAUUUUUAUAUCUCUUUAUUGGACAUUUUUUUGCGAAGAGUAUUUUGUUUACAUUUCAGAUAAAAAUGUCUCGUAUUGUUACUUUUACAUUCUGAUAUGAUUGAUCUGUCCUAAUUUGCUGCAGGUACAGCACAAGACGGGGGUGUCAUGAAAACAAUAGCACAUUAUUUUUUUUUGGUAAUAAAAUUAUUUUGCAAUAGACUAUUAAGCCAUAGAAUGAAAGUAAAACUGUAUUAAUGUACAGGUUUGUGGUUCAGAUGUAAGUAAAAAGGUACAGUUUUGUCAUAUAUAUAUUUAUAUACAACUGGUACAAUGCCAGAAGUGUUCGAAUGUAUGUAAUCUAGACUCCCUUACAUUCAGUCGCCUAUAGUCCCCCACUGUAAAUACACUCCACCCCAGAACCUGUACUAUGAACAGCUGAGCACUCGUUCGCUGAUUCCUAGUGUUAGGAAUGUUAUGAGUUUACUAAUGAGGGUGACGAGGGCACACAGUGCGGGCUAACACUGCUCCACAACCAGCCUCUUCAAUCACAACAAAGGCAUAAUUGCAGCCCUGAUAUGGACCAGGUUACCAAAAAUCUAGGACAUGGAGAGAUAGAUUAGGGAUUCAGACAUUGCUCCCUCACUCUUAUGGAAGAUAUAGCGGUGAUCCUGAAAUUAAAGUAUUAAGGAGCUGGUGCUUUGUUGCCCUUUCCCUGAAUUAUUUCUAACAAAAUCUGAUCAAUAUGUACAGCUUAAUUUAGAGAGAUUCUGCAGGUUUCCGUAAGACUAAAAAUCAUUUUAGAACUCUUCUUUCCUCUGCAUAUUCCUAAACCGAAUUCUUCAGUUCUCUCCAUACACUAAUUUGUUUGACUUAAGUAAACAGCUGUAUAAGCCCUUGAAGCCUAAAAUUUGUAAUUCGUGUAAAUCACGCUAAUUAUGGCCUCAAUUUAAUAAGCUUUUC